AUGUCUUCGUUCCAGGUGGUGGGCUCUUCGCCCACCAGUGGCAUUGGUGUCAUGGAAACAUCAAACUUUGCUCAUGUUAUCUUCCAGAACGUUAGGAAGAGCUUCCUGCCCCAGGAGGCACUGGAGUGUCGCUACACCCUCACCUCCUACAUCACCCCCAACCCCAAAGACUGGGUGGGCAUCUUUAAGGUGGGUUGGAACACAGCGAGGGAUUACUACACCUUCCUGUGGUCUCCUAUGCCGGAAAACUACCAACCUGGAAGCACUGUACACAGGGCUGUGGUGUUCCAAGGGCACUAUGUUCCCAAGAGUGACGGGGAGUUCUAUCAGCUCUGUUACGUCACGCACAUGGGUGACAUCAGAGGCGCCAGCACGCCUUUCCUGUUUCGCCCAGCCACGCCCACCGAGGACUGUCUCACCGUUACCGAGGACGACAACAACUCAGACAUACUGGUGGUGACCACCAAGAGCAGUGUGCUGGAGAGGGGGGAAUUCUCUUCCCCUCUUUCCUCUCCCUUCCUCUCCCCACCUCUCCUCUUCUUUCCUCUCUUUCUCCUCUCCCUCUCCUCUUCAUUCUUCUCUUCCCCCCUCUCCUCUCCUCUCCCUUCCCUUCCUCUCUCUCCCCCCGCUCCUCUCUUCCCCCUCUCCUCUCCCCUCCUCUUCCUUCCUCUCUUCUCCCUUCCUCUCCUCUUCCUUCUUAUCUUCCCCCCUCUCCUCUCCCUUCCUCUUCUCUUCAUUCUUCUCUUCCCUCCUCUCCCUUCCUCUCCUCUCCCUUCCUCUCCUCUCCCUUCCUUUCCUCUUCCUUCUUCCCUUCCUCCCCUCUCCCUUCCUCUCCUUUUUCUUAUUCCCUUCCUCCCCUCUCCCUUCUUCUCUUCCCUCCUCUCCCUUCCUCUCCUCUCCUCUCCCUUCCUCUCCUCUCCCUUCCUUUCCUCUUCCUUCUUCCCUUCCUCCCCUCUCCCUUCCUCUCCUUUUCCUUAUUCCCUUCCUCCCCUCUCCCUUCCUCUCCUUUUCCCCCUCUCCCUUCCUCUUCUCUUCCCCCCUCUUCUCUUCCCCCUCUCCCUUUCUCUCCUUUCCCCCCCUCUCCCUUCCUCUUCUUUUCCCCCCCUCUCCCUUCCUCUUCUUUUCCCCCCUCUUCUCUUCUCCCUCUCCCUUCCUCUUCUCUUCCCCCUCUCCCUUCCUCUCCUUUUCCUUCUUCCCUUCCUCCCCUCUCCCUUCCUCUCCUUUUCCCCCUCUCCCUUCCUCUUCUCUUCCCCCCUCUUCUCUUCCUCCUCUCCCUACCUCUUCUCUUCCCCCCUCUUCUCUUCCCCCUCUCCCUUUCUCUCCUUUCCCCCCCUCUCCCUUCCUCUUCUCUUCCCUCCUCUCCUCUUCCUUCCUCUCUUCACCCCUCUCCCUUCAUCUUCCUUCCUCUCUUCCCCUCUCCUCUCCCUUCCUCCCUUAUUCUCUUCCCCCCUUUCCUCUCCCUACCUCUCUUCCUUCUUCUCCCCUCUCCUCUUCUUUCCUCUCUUUCUCCUCUCCCUCUCCUCUUCCUUCUUCUCUUCCCCCCUCUCCUCUCCCAUCCUCUCUCUCCCCCCGCUCCUCUCUUCCCCCUCUCAUCUUCCUUCCUCUCUUCACCCCUCUCCCUUCCUCUUCCUUCCUCUCUUUCCCUCUCCUCUCCCUUCCUCCCUUAUUCUCUUCCCCCCUUUCCUCUCCCUUCCUCUCCUCCUUCUCCCCCCCUCUCCUCUUCCUUCCUCUCUUCACCCCUCUCCCUUCCUCUUCCUUCCUCUCUUCCCCUCUCCUCUUCUUUCCUCUCUUUCUCCUCUCCCUCUCCUCUUCCUUCUUCUCUUCCCCCUCUCCUCUCCCAUCCCCUCUUUCCCCCCGCUCCUCUCUUCCCCCUCUCCUCUUCCUUCCUCUCUUCCUCUCCUAUCCGUCCUCUCUUCCCCCUCUCCUCUUUCUUCCUCUCCCUUUAUUUCCUCUUCACCCCUUUCCUCUCCUCUCUUCCUCUCUUUCUCCUCUCCUCUCCCUCUUCUCUUCCUUCUUCUCUUCCCCCCUCUCCUCUUUCUUCCUCUCCCUUCCUCUCUCUCCCCCCACUCCUCUCCCUUCCUCUCCUCUCCCCUCCUCUUCUCUCCCUUCCUCUCCUCUUCCGUCCUCUCUUCCCCCUCUCCUCUUCCGUCCUCUCUUCCCCCUCUCCUCUCCUUUCCUCUCUUCACCCCUCUCCCUUCCUCUCCUCUUCCGUCCUCUCUUCCCCCUCUCCUCUCCUUUCCUCUCUUCACCCCUCUCCUUUCCUCUCCUCUUCCUUCCUCUCCUCUCCCUUCCCUUCCCCUCCCUUUCUUUCCUCUCUUCCCCCCUCACCUCCCCCUUCCUCUCUUCUCUUCCCCUUUCCUCUCUUCCCCUCUCCCCUCCUGUGGUGAGCAGCAGCGUGUAGAGGAGGCGCAGCAGGAGCGCAGGGAGCUGUUGAAGAGAUUACAUCACCUUCAGAAGGAGAAACAGCAGCUGCAGGAGGAGCACAGGAGGCUGCACAGAGAGAGAGAGCAGGAGAGGGAGACCUGCUACCUUCUACGCACGCACAACCAGGCUGAGAUGGGUCGUCUGAGGGAGCAGCUUCGCCAGUGUGAGGAGCAGCUCCAGGCGUCUCGCCAGCAGGCCGCCAUGUUGACGUCGGAACUCCGUGACUCAGCGAAUGCCCGCGAUCGCACCAUGACCGAGCUGUACUGUGCCCACCUAGAGGCCAACGCCCUCCGUGCCAGCCUGGCCGAUGCCCAGGCCGAAUGCCGGAGGAUGGAGAAGCAGCUGGACCACAUGAGGACCACCCCCCAACAGGAAGUGGGUGUGGGGACCUCCAGUGAGGGGGGGUGUGUGGUGUCUGAGGCAGAGGCUGAGCUACAGAGAGAAAUGGAGGAGCUGAAGCUGCGUCUCCAUAUGGCCGCUGAGCACUACAAGGAGAAGUACAGGGAGUGUCAGCGGCUCCGUAGGCAGGUGGCCAAGAUCAGCGAGGCCCAGGGGGAGGUCAAGAGAAACGCUGCCACUGAGACGGCACAGGAGCCACUGACACCCAGUCCAGAGUCACCUACAGCAGGCAAUCUGUCUGCAACUGUGCUGAGAGGAGACAGUGAGAGGCCGGUAGUAGUCCCUAACCGGCGUGACAAAAACAGGGAACACACACACACUUACGCACAGACCAACACACACACCAACACAUUCUCCGGCAUGGAGACCAUGAGAGCUGGGGUGAAAGAGUGGAAGGGGCGGAAUAAGGAAGAGAUGGAAAGAGAAGUGAGUGGAGAGGAGGAAGGGAAAGAAGAUGGGAGUGUGGAAGAGGAGAGGAAGGAGGACAGGAGUGGAGGAGAGGAGAGGAAGGAGGACAGGAGUGGAGGAGAGGAGAGGAAGGAGGACAUGAGUGGAGGAGAGGAGAGGAAGGAGGACAGGAGUGGAGGAGAGGAGAGGAAGGAGGACAGGAGUGAAGGAGAGGAGAGGAAGGAGGACAGGAGUGAAGGAGAGGAGAGGAAGGAGGACAGGAGUGGAGGAGAGGAGAGGAAGGAGGACAUGAGUGAAGGAGAGGAGAGGAAGGAGGACAUGAGUGAAGGAGAGGAGAGCAUGAAGAUGGAGAGUUGGGUGGAGGUGGAGAAGGAGAGGAAGAGUGCUGAAGAGGUGGAUGAGAGGAGUGUGGAGGAUGAGGGGAAGACUGCGGAAGAGGUAGAGAAAGAACAGACUCGUUCGGUGGAGGAAGAGCUGGCGAGGAUGGAGGAGAAGUGGGCGGAGCAGUGUGCUAUCAACGAGACGCUUAAGCAGAGACUGGCCAAUGAGGAGGAGCGAUUCAGGAUCCAGAUGGUAGAGAGGGCCAUGGAGGUGACAGAGCUGAAGGAGAAUCUGGCUCAGGCCCUCAGAGAGAAGAAUCAACUCAAGGAGGAGCUGCAGCAGUGUCAGGGCCGACAGAGGGAGCAGGAGGCUGAUGGUCAGGUGUCAGAGGUCAAACAGCCUGUGUUGCUGCGCUACCCACUUCCCUACCCCCAGGACCCCUCCCCACCCCCCCUGGUACCCCAGAGACCUGCAGAGCUGCAGUACGGGAACCCCUACUCCACCGACAACACUCGAGACGGCGCCCUGUCCCCAGAGCAGAUCCUGAGGCCCCUGGUGCAUGUGCCCCUCCGGCCACCUCCCCGACCCCGCGUGCAGGUGCAGACUGGGAGAGAGAUGUGGUCUGCAUCCAGCCCUCCUCCUCACGAAGCAUGAGCCCCCCUGACGGACUGGAACACACAUCCUCACCUCAAACAUUAGGGAGGGAAAUGCAAAACUGAGUUAGAUCAAUGUAUAGGGCUGACUUGUUCUGUUCCCUUAUUGGGAGGACAUCACACAUCCUGUAGCUCUAUUAAACUGAGGAGAGAGCCGUGUGUCUCUAUACUGUAGGUCGGUGAUGGGGAGCAGCAUGCCUGCAAUCAUCAGACCAGCAGCGGACUUACCGCCAACAGGGGCAACUUCUGUUUCAACCCCAGUGGUGAGGUUCACAAGUGCUGUCCGUUGUGCGAGGUGAUCUUCCCGCCCCACUUUGAGUAGCGUAGCUUUGAGCAGCACGUGGAGAGCCACUGGAAGGUGUGUCCCGUGUGCUCUGAGCAGUUCCCCCUCCACUGCCAUCAGCAGCUCUUCCAGAAGCACAUGCUCACACACUUUGACGGCCAUGUGCUAAACUUCGCCAACAUGGAGUAGCAGGGCAGAUGGGGGAGUGUGUGUGAAAGGGAAGGUUUGGAUUAAGGGAGGUAAAGAAGAAUAAAGGAACCUUUACUCAAAUGGGGGUCGAGAUGAUUUCAUUCAAGAAGGGAGAUUCCAAAUCAAGAUGAGAGAAAUCAUUGGGGGUAAAUUGCACUUUGUUGUAAAUUGAAAUGGAAUUAACUCCAGCCUUGGCCUCACACACUUCCACGAGAACAUGCUACAUUUAAAAACAUCAAGGAGUGUGUGUAUGACUUUCUACAAGGGGGAGUUUGUCAGUUUAGGGAAAUUACAACAACAAAAAAUAUUUUGCGUGAGGUUUCGGAGCCUUGGAGCUCUUUGAUUUUGUCCCAUGUUGAUGAUAUCAUCACUGGAUGUGUUUAGUAUCUGUAGGAUUCAUCUGCGUUAAUCAGCCAGUCAAUAGUGCCUACUUUACAAGACUCUGUAGCCACAUGUAGAAACAGGUGACAUCCAGGGAUGUGAGGGAGAGUAGGAGCACGUUGCCCCUAGACACUAAUGGUCAGUUUUGCAUUUCCCCUCUAAUGGUUAAGGUUAGGAUUUGGUUUACCUGAACCUAGAUCUGUGGAAACUUAGGAUCUUGGGAGGAGAUAUGUGGUCUUGAAGCACCUCCAGCCCAAUGUAAUGUAAAGUAUGAGUCAAACUCUUUGUCAGCAAAAGACAUCAGACGGUUAAAAAAUAAUUACUACUAUUGUUUGAAUUUGACUGCUCUAAAAAUACUUUAUUAUUCUGAAUGUGUGUGUGUGUAUAACUGGGUGGUUCAAGCCCUGAAUGCUGAUUGGCUGACAGCUGUGCUAUAUUAGACCGUAUACCACAGGUAUGGCAAAACAACUAUUUUUACUGCUCUAAUUGCAUUGAUAACCAGUUUAUAAUAGCAAUAAGGCACCUCUUGAGAUUGUGAUGUAUGACCAAUAUACCACGGCUAAGGGCUGUGUCCAGGCACUCCGCGUUGCGUAUAAAGAACUGCCCUUAGUCGUGGUAUAUUGGCCAUAUACCACACCCCUUCGGGCCUUAUUGCUGAAAUAAAAAAAUAUAUAUGAGAAGUAGAACUAUUUCAAUUGCUGUUGUGACAAUGUACUCCCACAUGUUUUAGUCAUGACAGAUUGCUGUUUUACUUCCUGGUCUCCAUUCAUUGGAUAGGCUGACAUUCCGCUUCGGUUGAUUGGAGGGAAGGUAACUGGAAAUAUGAACGCUAUAGAAAACUACUGUACUCUUGGCUAUGGACUCUUUCACCGUGUUAAGAUUCUAACUUUUGCCAUCUUUACCUCCUGUUUGGGUCAAAGUAAGUUUCUUGUGCGCGUGUCUCUGACAGUAGAUGACAGGAAUCAGUCUGAGAUUUUACUGUUCUUUCAAUGUGACCACAGUGCUGUACUUUUGGCUUCAAAAGUUGCAUACGUGUGUCUUUUAUGUCCAAAUGCGGCCCUUUGAAAGUGUGUGUGUGUGUAGGUUUGUAUGUGAGCAUUAAAAAUAAAGUACGCUUGUCAAAUGGA